AUGAAAUUCCUACAGUGGUUGGGAUCUUUAGUGCAUUUGGCCUUGUCUUCUCUGUCUCCCUUUUUGCUUGGAUCUGCUGCCAACGUAAAUCUUCCAAAUCCAAUAAGACCCCUCCCUAUAAGUUUGUCCAUGUUUUGAAGGGGGUUGAUAUUUACCCUGAGAAUCUCAACAGUAAGAAGAAGUUUGGAGCAGAUGAUAAAAGUGAAGCAAAGAACAAAUCAGCGAUGCCAAAGAAUUCUCUCCAUCUUGACCUGGAGAAGAAAGAUCUAAAUGGCAACUUCCCCAAAACAACCCCUAAAAUCCAGAGUUCUCCAGAUCUUGAAAAUUUGUCUCCUAAGCACUUUACAGAAAGGAAGAAAGAUUCAGUGUCCCCUGAUAGUUUAAAAUCCAUCACUUCCCUGUCAUCUGAAGAUAAACAAGACAAGCUAGGAACUCUCUUUUUCUCAUUAGAGUACAACUUUGAGAAAAAGGCAUUUGUAGUGAACAUCAAAGAAGCACGUGGGCUGCCAGCAAUGGAUGAACAGUCAAUGACUUCUGAUCCCUACAUCAAAAUGACAAUCCUGCCUGAGAAAAAGCACAAAGUGAAAACCAGAGUUCUGAGAAAAACCUUAGAUCCGGCUUUCGAUGAGACCUUCACAUUUUACGGGAUCCCCUAUAGUCAAAUUCAAGACUUAACACUUCACUUUAUGAUCUUGAGCUUUGACAGGUUUUCCAGAGAUGAUGUCAUUGGAGAAGUCCUCAUUCCCCUCGCAGGAAUUGAACUGUCAGAAGGAAGGCUGCUAAUGGACAGAGAGAUCAUCAAAAGAAAUGUUAGGAAAUCAUCUGGGCGUGGAGAAUUACUGAUCUCUCUCUGUUAUCAGUCUACAACAAACACGCUCACUGUGGUUGUUUUAAAAGCCAGGCAUCUACCUAAAUCUGAUGUGUCAGGAUUAUCAGAUCCUUAUGUCAAAGUGAACCUGUACCAUGCUAAGAAGAGAAUUUCCAAAAAGAAAACCCAUGUGAAGAAAUGCACCCCCAACGCUGUGUUCAAUGAAUUAUUUGUCUUUGACAUUCCUUGUGAGGGCCUUGAUGAUAUCAGCAUUGAAUUUUUAGUUUUAGAUUCAGAUAGAGGGUCAAGGAAUGAGGUCAUUGGCCGGUUAACCUUGGGAUCUUCAGCAGAAGGAACAGGCGGAGAGCACUGGAAAGAAAUUUGUGAAUAUCCUAGGAGACAAAUUGCCAAAUGGCAUAUGUUGUGUGACGGUUAGCAGCUUAGAGAGGAGCUGGAACUUCAAAAAUCAUAUGUUUCCAUAGGCAAGGAGCAGUUUUCUUUCUUUGCUAUGUAUAAGUACAGGCUUGUAACUACAAGACUUUUUUUGGGGGGGUGGGGAAAUAGAAAAUGGAUUGAAUUAUCAGAACAGAAGGUAACUAAAUUUUCACAGUAAAUAAAGGGAUUUUUAUUUCAUUAGACUUUAAUGUGAUUCUAUCAGAUUAAUAUUAUCCUGGAGUUUAAAUAAUCUAAAACUACUGAAGUACUAUAAACUUCAACAAGAACAGACUAUUUUUCAUUAAAAUGUCAGUGGAAACUUUAUUAGUACUGUUAUGCAGAGAAAGAUAACCUCAUUAAAAUA